AUGUCCCGCGCCUCCAAGAUGACCCUGCUGGGCACCUCGCUCUUUGCCAUGACCACGGUGGUCUUUGUGCACUUCCAGCAGAAGGCAGAGCAACAGGCAAUGCACGAAGGCGUGAUCCGAGAUAUGGAACAGCAGCGCCUCAAGCGCGAGCGCCAGGCCGACUUCGACAUCCAGCGGGAGCUCGAGGCCGAGUACAAAAAGGAGCAGACGGUUCGGGACAGUACCGCGGAGGGAUCGGGCGGGUCAGGCGGGUCGGGGAGGUAG